CUGAAAUAUUGCAGUUGGAUUGGCCAUUAUAAAAAAGAGUUGAAGAAUUUUGAAGAAUUCGGUGAUGAUGGUGAAAUAUGGUUUGGACGUGUUACCGAAAAUCGGUUGGUAAAUUACAUUACUCACGAUAAAGCUUUGUCUAGAUCGUCCAGGAUAAUUGAUUUUGGCUGUGGUAAUGGAUCAUUAUUAAGAGCCUUGCAACAAAAAGGUUAUUAUCAUUUAUCUGGUGUAGAUUACUCUGAAGAGGCAAUUUUGUUGGCCAAAAAAUUAGCGGAAGUAAAAUGUGCAGAACACAGUGAUCGUCAUAUAAAUUUUCAGGUGGUUGAUCUCCUAGAUGAAAGCAUUAGCUUGGGUGUAUUUAAUGCCAUCGUGGAUAAAGGUACCUGGGAUGCAUUGUCAUUAUCAGUAGAUUAUAACUGUCGAUUGAAAAAAUACAAAGCGAACAUUUGCAAAACACUGGACGAGCAUGGUGUCUUCAUUAUUUGCUCGUGUAAUUAUACAAAGGACGAAUUGGAGAGACAGUUUAGCAACAAACAACUAAAAAUUCUUGAAGAAGUGCCAUGUGAAAAUGCAAUCAAAUUCGGUGGUCAGAAAGGCUCAGCAACAACAACUUUGGUCUUUCAAAAGAUGCCAUUCUAA